CACACUACUAUGAAGGAGUUAAUAGAAGCUCACACAGGUGUUGGCGGAUGAUCACCUCACACAUAAAAGCUCCUGGUGUCGGUAGCCAUAUUCAUUAGGUCAGGAUGGUGUGGUGGGAGCUGGUGGUUGUGGUGUGCCAUAUACUAAGGGCUUUAUCUGAUGGUAGCCAUGGCCUGCAAGAGCGACCAGAGGUACAAUGUGGGAUGGAGAACAUGCAGAUCAUUGUGCCGCCGCACCUGAAGGGAGACUUCAGGAUAAAGGUUUUACGUAAUGAUGGAAAAAUGCACAUUUUGGGAACUGACCCGUCUUGUGGUAUUUGGGUGACUCAGAAACAUGACGGCUCUGUUCUCAUUGGAACAUCCUAUGAUGGCUGCUAUGUGUCUCAAACGGACACCUUCUUUGUAUUGACUCUUGCUUUUGCUACAAAACAAAAUGAUGGAAAGAAAGUCACUGUGAGGAAGAAGAUGGCUUGUGCAGUGCAAACCUACCAGGACUCUCCCGCCCCGGGCCAGUGUGACUCUGUCCUAAGGCUGAACAGACUGAGCUGUGGAAAUUCUCAGGACUCCUGUGCAAGUUUAGGCUGCUGUUAUGACCCCUCCGAUGUGACUACGCCAUGCUACUAUGGCAACAAAGUGACCGCUAGCUGUACACCAGAUGGCCUCUUCUCAAUCGCCAUUUCCAGGACCUUGACCAGACCAGAACUGGACCUGACCUCUGUGCAAUUGCUCCAAAGUGGCAGUGCAGAAUGUAACCCAAUAAGAGGAAAUAACUUCUUCCUGCUCUAUCAGUUCCCGGUUUCUUCUUGUGGAACCACAUUAAAGGUGAUUGGAGAUCAGGCGGUUUAUGAGAAUCAGCUGGUGGGUACCAAAGUCCCCCUGACAUGGAAUAGAAUAUCAAUUACAAGAGACACCACCUUCAGAUUAUUGAUUCGCUGUAGUUUUGCCAUCAGUGGCCUCCUCCCCUUGAAAGUAGAUGUAGUGACGCUACCACCACCACCGCCUGUGUCUAGUGAGGGACCUCUUAGCUUUGAGCUAAGAAUCAGCUUAGAUUCCACAUAUGUGAAUUAUUAUAAAGACCCAGACUAUCCUGUGGUUAAAGUACUGAGGGACCCAGUAUAUGUGGAAGUCAGACUACUUCAAAAAUCUGACCCAAACCUUGUCCUUGUCCUACACCAGUGCUGGGCCACACAAUCCUCUGACCCUAUGAAUGCCAUUCAGUGGCCAAUACUAGUUGAUGGGUGUCCAUUUACCAGUGAUAACUACAUGUCGGAGCUGAUUCUUGUUGACCCAAGUUCUGCUGAAGAUUUCCCUACUCAUUACUCCCGGUUCGAUGUGAAGACUUUUACCUUUGUGGAUCUGGACACCCAGCGACCUCUUUCAGGACAGGUAUACAUCCACUGCAGUGUCUCAGCCUGUGUCGCCUCUGCCAAUGACAACUGUGUUACUGUGUGCUCUAGGAGCAAAAGGUCUGUUCGGAUGUUAAGGAAUGAGACUGAAGCAGUCCUGAUAUCCUCAGAUGUUCCUAUCUACUUUGAGAACUCUCUGCCGGAGGCACAGCAUGACCAAGAAGACAUCUAUGGACUCAGGAUUUUCCAGGCAAAGACUCUAAUGAAUGGAGUGGCCAUAGCCAUGGGGAUUGUAGCAGUCAUUCUUCUGUUGCUGACAACAUGGGCUCUGCGCAGACAGCGGAAAUCCAGAUCUGUUCUGAUCACAAAGUCUCCUCUAAAGGAAAAGAAUGUGUAUAUCAGGACAAUAUGUAGCCAACUGGAAUAAUAAAAUAAAGACCAUAUUCUACCCUACAAAUCUCCUGCUGGAAUA